UGAAGUGCUGACUGCAACAAGAAACCUUUCCAACCCAAGAGAAAGCGGGCAAAAGGGAAACUUCAUGGAGCCCCAACCACCAGGGCGCCGCAAGCGCGCACUGGAAGAUGAUGACCGUCGCUCGCCGCGCGGGUUGUCCGAGAGCGAGAACAUCAGUCCGCGGCUACUGGACGUGCAGGUGGGGCUGUCUACGUCGGUAGGGGGGCAUGUGGGUAUUGCAGGAGCUGGAGCAGAGCGCGGGCGCGUCACUGGCGCCGUUAAGAGCCGUCGGUUGAGUGAGGACGUGGUCGCAUCGUCAGCUCAGCUCGUGGCUGCUCUGUCAGGCCCCGUGUCGCCCACACUGCCGUUUGUGGGUGCUCCGUUCGAAAUGAAGACGACAGGCGGGCUGGGCAGGCCCAUAUUCACGUUAGGCCAAGCCAGACCCACAAUUCCAGCGCCACUAGGGACAUCAGGACAUGCACCCGAGCAGAAGACGAGUCCAUCUGCUAGAAUACUGGAAGGAGGCAUUACAGGGUCGGGAAUUUCGCCUCUAGGCAGUCAGGUCCUUAUACAGGAACAGAAGAGUCCAGUACUACAGGGUAAUCCAGGAAUUAUUGGAGAAAAACCACGCGCAGAUCGAGGAUUGCCGACGAUAUCCCAUUUGAUAGGAACAGGAGCUCAGGAGAGCAACAAAACCCCAGCGUUUGGAUCGCUAAACACUCCAUAUCGAGUACCCUCGGCCACGUCCACUACUGCACCUUCAUCCAAGCAGGUUACUAAGAGACAGCCGUUCCCAUUAAGCCAACGCCGCAACCUUGAGCCAGUUAAAGGGGUCAGAACCCCCCUAUUGGACUCAGGUAUACGCAGCAGUGGGAACGCCCCGGUACUAUCAUUUGACGCAGACGACGUCUCUAGCGACGAAGAGCUCAUAGGCAUCCCAGGCCCAGACAUUCCUGAUCCAGAUAUCUCCUUCUCCCAGGAUAAGCUUGGGGAUCUUUCCGUCACGGAAAACAAUCUGGAAGAGUCCGUCGUCUUAACUCUCUGCGAUGGACUAGCCAAUAGCCUCACAAAAGUCGAACGGGAUCGAAUGGAGCUGCUCAAUCUGUACACGAUAGCGCUAGCUCAGCAGCCGAGCCCAAUUGUGCUGGGACGAGAUCAGUUUCAGGAUGUGUUUGGCGAUAAUAUUCGAGGCGGGAUGCUCUCACACUUGAGUCGUCGCCACUGUUUGAUUCACGUUGAGAACUUGUCGUCGCAAGAUGAUAAUGAUAAAAUGGGCGUUAAAGCGCGCGUCGAAGAUACGAGCACCAACGGAAUCAGGAUAAAUGGAGUACAGCUUAAAAAUGGCCAGUCGCACGAAUUGGAGUUGGAAGAUAUAGUCACACUGCUGCGGAUUCGACGAGGAGAGGAGGACGUCUCGCUGGAAUACAAGCUGGUUCGGUCGGAUCCACAGCCGGAGAAGAGCGAUAGAAGGAGGAGAAAGAGUAGGCACGAUGGGCGGUUCGUCAGACCCAGCGAUAAAUUCUCUACCGAGCUGAGCAAUCGCCAUGGACUAUCUCCAGUACAGGAAUCGGACGUUGCGGCUCCGGCUACAGCACCAACGCGAACUAUUGUACAUGAGAUGCGUCAUGAGAUACCAACAGGACCGUUUACUCCAACAGAGGCUCCUCACUUAUCGACGAAGAGGGAAGAGACGAACAAAGCGAAACCAGUUCAGCAAGUUCCGAUCUUGGCGCGGAGAGUUAAAUGCACAGUUCUAUUCGCUGAUCAAAGCACACAGGAUUUCUCAGAGACAAGUCAGCCUCUUGAGGAAGCGAACUUCGAUUAUCGUGAAGAAUUAUCGGAAAUUCUGUCGGCGUUUGGCUCGAUCCGCUCAUUUGAUGCAUCGUCGUAUCACUGUGCGACCGUUCAGUCGAUGGAAGAUGCUCUAAACGACGACAGCGAUGUGGUAUUUUAUACCGGUGGAGGAGACGAGGAUCACUUGGUUGUUGAAGCUCCAAACGGUUUGUCAGCUCGUCUUGAAAAGGACGACAUACGUCAACUCUUCUCCGACGCAAGUCACAACAUGCCAAAGCUGAUCGUUGUCAUCGCACCUUCACUUGAGCCAGCUUAUCUGCUGGCAGAAUGUGGAGCUCCUCAUGUCUGCUUUCUGAGCUCUACCAGCAAGCACUCAUUGCGGGUUACUGCCUUCAUUCGAGCACUAUUUGCUGGUCUACUGAAAGGGUUUUCAAUCGAGAAAAGCUACACGUUGGCAGAAUUCGUGGCUCUGAACGACUUGUUGCCAAUUGUUGGGGCUCCUAUUACAGAAGCAGUGGCGCCUGAUAGAAACGUGAUCGCCCUGCUCAACGCGCUAUUUAUCCCCGUUCUGGCAACGCAUUUCCUCGGACGGGAUACCCAAGUCCGAAAGGUCAAGGCAGUGUUGGCACAGAAGGUUCGAGUUUGCAACGUGUACGGCCCGCGAGGAGUCGGAAAGUCGUCAAUUGCCAUUCAUGUUGCGAAAAUGUCGUACCGCACGAGAGGAUACCGAAAUGGAGUUCACUAUUUUGCUGUAGACAAGUUGGUGGAACACAUUCAAAACAGGAUAAACCCGGAGGACACCCAAGGCGAUGGAUGUUCGCAAUCAAGUAAUCAGCGCGAAGACCCCUUGGCAAAAUUUAUCGAGGGGGUCGAAACUCUACUGCGCUCACUUCCAGAGACGGAUCCUGCAAAUUACCCAACCACACUUCUGGUCUUAGACGGUUGUGAUGUCGUUCUUCCAGCAUUGGAAGUGUUCGUGUUGAACAUCAUUCGGUCUUUUACCAGUGUUCAGAUCCUGCUGACAUCUACCGAAAAGUUACGGCUUGACUCCGAUGAAGAUGAAGCCAUACCUGAAGAAGCCAUUCACGUCGAGGAGCUGGGGAAAUCGGACAGUGCCAAGCUAUUUUUCAAGCUAGCACGAGGACAUUUGACUUCAAGACAAUUCCGACAGCUUUUUCCUGACAGUAGCAUCGAAGCAAUCUCCAACGACGAGCGCUUGUUGGGUACCAAAGGCAACCCCUUUCGGAUCUCUCGACUCGUGUACGAACUUGAGUCGCAAAUGGCCAUUAGCAACUGAAAGACUACGCACCACGAUUGUAUUUUACUUCACAGUUUUAUGAAGACACAGAUAUCCACUCAGCAGCAGUAGCAAGACUGGUGGUAAUGUGGUAAUUUUUGACCAUUACUCGCUGAGUAUCGUGUCUCUCUUCACCUGUCUUCUGUAUCAGCUACGCUUCAAUUACAUCUGCCUGGAAAUGUCGAAGCAGCACACCAAUAUGCACAAGAACUCUUCCAGUGGAGAUUGUUCGCAGUCGACAUCUCUCUGACCAUGCUGCAUUGAACAGAACGUCAUCACUCCUUAACUCUGGAGUGCGUCCAAGCAGCUGUACAUCCAGCUCUUCCAUCGUAGUACCAAGUGGACGCCACAGUGAAACCCAGAGCUUGUGCUGACCAGCAGCGAAAGGCACUGGCACGAAGCCGUACCCGACCACAUGCAACUUCAUGCUUGAGUCUGCUCUCCACACUUGGAAGAGCCGUUUUGGGCCAUCCCUGGAAGGCUGAAGUCGCGAAGUGCAAGUCAAUCGGGUGAGACCACACAGCCACGUCUGGAUCGGAAGUCCACGGAGCUGUCGACGGAUAGUCAAGUUGCGUUUGGCCGGACUGAUCUCCAGCGACGAGACUCCAGCGACUGCCAUACUCGACGCGCCACUUGCACGUCAAGCCCCCAUAAACUCCGAAUCCGUGGCCACUGACGAUCUCACCGAUCAAAUGAACUUCAGGUUGGUACACAGGAGGUACCUCGAGAUGUUCUCGUCGUUGUUGAAGGCGGUACGUGUUGUAUGGAGACUCUGGAAGCGGCAGCGUGUCGUCCGAUUCCGGUUUGUGUCGACGCAGUGGGGACAGACCAUUUGUCUGGUUUUCCUGUUCACUGUCGCUGGAAUAGUCGACUGGUUGACGUUUAUCGCGUUUAUCUUUCUUACGAACACGAGGAGAAGGGGAACUCUGUCGACCGUUGUUGUCAGUAGGGUCUGUCUCAUUUAGUUCUUUUUGGUUGUUUGAUGGUUUGGAAGUGUUGUGAUGCUUCAUGUCGGGGAUUUUCCAGCGAGUUUUGCGCUUUGGCGACUCGGUUGCAUCAGGUUUCGAUGGGGUAAGUGGAACUUUGUCCAAAUCCGUACUGCGUUCGAGAGCUUCGUCAUGAGCUUUUGCGUCUUGUUUGUUGUCCACGAGCUUGGAUUUCUUUUCAGGCUUGGGGAGCUUCAUCAACCUACAGCAACAUACAGAACGUAUUUAUUGGUCAAUAGCUUUGUUGCUUGUAGCGCAGCGUGG